GGCGGCGCAGCCUCUUGCGGCGAGUGGACGCAGUCGCCAACCGCCCCUCUCCGCGUCGUCCUCGGACACUCGUCCGCCCGUCCGCGCGCGAAACCGACCAAGGUCAGGCAGGGAAGUCGACGAAACGCCCGCGGAGCGACUCCACAGAGCCUCCGGCGCCGCCGCGCGCCGCGCCGCUGAGCCGCCUUCGCUUUCCCGCCCGCGUCCGCGCCUCCGCCCCCGCCACCGCCCGCGCCAGCGCGGGGCCAGCGCCAGCUCCCGCUCCUCUGCCGGAGGCAGGCAGUCGCGCGCAGAAGCCCAGCCGCGGUGGCGCUCGCUUUCGAAUCGCUGCUCGCGCACGACGCUCAGGACCGACGCAUCGCCCGGCUCCCAGUCGCCGUCGGAAGACGUAAGUCGCGCGUGCGCCGUGUUGCUUAUUGCUGCGCGGCACUGAAGAGCGGAUGGCGCCGGAGGAGGGCCCGCACCUGGCGGGCGCCGUGGGGCCGUGCGUGGGGCUGGCGCCGCUGCCGCUGCCGGCCGCGUGGGCGGAGCGCGCCCGCAGGGAGGUCCACGAGCAGCCCGCCGCCGCCGCCCGCAACGUCGCCGCCCUCCGGCAGCGCUUGCUCGAGGAGAGAAACCUUCACGCCCGCACGGAUGACACGUUCCUGCUGGCUUUCCUGCGAGCUCGCAAGCACAACGUGGAAGAAGCCCUGAAAGUGCUGAAGAAUUUCUAUAGACUGAAAAUCAAAUACCCCCUGUUCACCGAAGACUGCCUGCCCUCUGAAAAGCCCUUCGUGUACGAUAUGAAUGGCUACACGAUUUUUGAGGAGCGCGACCAAUUAGACCGCACCAUCAUCGCAAUACGCGUCGAAGAUGUGGAUUUGACGCUGGUGUCCGCGGAGCACUUCUUCCAGCAGCUGUGGACGGCGCACCAACUGGUGGUGCAGGACCCGCUGGUGCAAGUGGCGGGCGUGGUGCUGAUAGUGGACAUGCGGGGCUUCUCUCUGCGCCACGCGCGCAUCGUCACGCCCAGCUUCGCGCGCAUCGCCAUGCGCUUCGUGCAGGACAGCUUUCCUGUAAGAACGCAGGCUAUCCACAUCGUAUUCGAACCGUUUUACUUCGACGCCAUCUUCAUGUUGUUUAAACCAUUCUUGAAGGCGAAACUUAGGGACAGGAUCCACCUGCACGGCGCCGACCUGGACAGCCUGCGCGCGAUGGUGCCGGAGCGCGCGCUGCCCGAGGAGCUGGGAGGCUGCGCGCCCGGGUGGAACUUCGCCGGCUACCGCUCCGGCGUCGCCCGCAACGAGCACCUCUUCCGAGCAUGGCGUCACUACGGUUAUGGGAAAGGAAAAGAGGAGCCUGGUACUUCGGCACCUUGACCUCAGAAGUGCCUGGCACAUCCUAUGCGGAAAAAGCGAAGUGUUUUAACUCGCCCUCGGAAGAGAGUUCGCAAUUGCCUUCGAGAUCAGAAGUUGCGAAUAUUCGUCGUUUUUAUUCGGACGACACAACAGUGAUGCUUAAGUUAAGUUAUCUGGAAGAACGAGGAGAACAACUGAUGAAUUAUCAAGACAAAUCAAGUUCGCUAGAUGCGGAUUGAUAUGUAAAUUUCUAAAUCACAGUGGUUGACAGAAAGCAUCGUUGAUCGAACUAAUGUUCAUUUCUGAGGCUAUUAGUUAUAUUCACGGUCUGCAAAUUGCUUCAGAAGGAGCAAGCCAAGUGAAUAAUCUACAUUGCCAAUUUAUUUUUCUUAUUUGACAUGGACAAACUAGAAUUUGUAUAAAACGAAAUCAGAAGUUUUUUCUGAAAGACUAUUCGCAAACAAAAGCGAACUGAAAAGGAAGUAAGUUUAGAGUUCCUUUUACAACAAUUAUUACUUCAAAUCUAGAGAGAUUCAUUAUACAUCUACAUACACUGUACCAUAUUUUUAUAAUUCAAUUUUCAUAUUACUACACAUUGUGUCAGGGUUAUAUUUUAGGAACAAUAAGGGACACAAUGACAUAAGGAAAAUUUUACUUCAUUGUUAAUAUAGCCUAGAACCUGUUCUGUAUAUGCAUAAAAGAAAAUGGAUAUGAAGAAAAAAUGGUGUCCCAUUUAUUUUUUUAUAAUAAACUUUGUCAUUAAUGUUUCUCCUAGAACCCCAGAGAAUAAUAAGUGACAUGCUAGAAAUAUUAUGUUUUCCUGCAACUUUCCAUACUAUCUAUUCAACAGUGCAGUUUCAUUAUUUUUCUAUUUUUAAAGUGAUAAUGCUUUCUUGAAAAAUUAAGUACUUCUAAUUGAAAUAUUUUGGACAAUGUUUAAUGUUGGAUGUGAACUCAAAAUUCUUAUUAUCUUUGUCUUUUUCCACAUGCUGAUUAAUAAACAGAAUGUAUGGCGUAUCAAUUGCAAUUCAAUCAAGGACAAAAUUGACCUCAAAGAAAGUGAUAUUUGUUUUUAUUGCUUAUUGGAUUGGCUAUAAAUAGAACAUUGAUACAAGCACAUAAUCAAAUUCUAUUAGAUUCUCUUGAUUAAUAGUUGUGAAUUUAUAAUUGUUCAUUAUUUAUGACUUUCAUCUUCCAUUCCAUCAGCAAGUAGUGAAAACAUCCACACAUACAACAUUUAUGUCCAUGCUGCGCAGUUGCUACAACUGUUCUCCAAGUCACUCAAGUAAGCAAGGGAGCCAAUGACAACAUUUAUUAGUUCCAAGUAUAAUUAGUAAUUGCAAAAAAUUUCACUUUAUAUUGCCACUUCAACUUAUGGGGUCUGCUUUCAUUGGCCAAGAUAUAUCUAUGGCAACAAUGGAGACGUGACAGUUAUGGGAGGACUGUAAGACCCCUAUUCGAUUUUUAAUUGUCUACAGAAAUAACUUUGCAAUUAUUCUGUUUUAUUCAUAAAGAUUUCUUAGAAGAUAUCUCAAAUACUAUAUAUUGACAGCUUAGUUUUAUCUAAAAUGUUUUCCAAGAAAAUUCAAAAGUUUCACUUUCAAUCAGGAAAGCCAUAUGACAGAAAAUGAAUUGUGGAAGUAUCAUGAAAAAGAACUCAAGAAACAAAACAGGCAAGUGAACAGGUGUGAGAUAUGAAAAUCUGCCAGCUGUUCUGUCCAGUACACGAUACAAUUAAAGGAAGAUUUAAAUUCAAUAAUACAGAAGCAGAAAGUAAGUGGAUUUUCUCCAACGAUGAAAAUAAGAACAAAGCUUUGAACAUAUAUUACCAUAACACAGGUAGUUUUACAACUGAAGGAAACAAUGAGCAGUCAAACAUAAAAAUAUGCAAAACAUAUUGUCAAGCAGAAAACAAAGAGAGAAAUUGAAAUACACAUGUUUGUAAUUACCUACUUUUAACAUCACAAAAUGUAGAACUAUCUCCAAUUGUUAAAUUUCCAGUUAAGAUUUUAUUAGGAUGUAAACAUUCAAAUAACUUUUGCCGAUUUCUUUCCUAUUACAUUCACAAAUUUUAAAAGAACAAAACAGCAAAUUUAUUUAGUGACCAGUACUUUUUUCCUUAUUAGACAAUAUUCCGCGUUAUGAAAUGUAAUCCUGUAGAAUUUAUGUGUAACAGGACAGCAAUUUACAUUCACAUUAGACAGAUAUCCACAUUAUACAUGUUCAGUUUUGACUAAGUAUACUGUAG